CUGUGGUUUCUUGCUGCCCCCUUGACUGGAUGCAGCAAAUGGCUGUUGCCUGGGACAGCUGGGCCUGGAGUCCUGGCUUCCUGCCGAAAAGGGAGCAGCGGAGAAUUGGGCUCUGGCUUCUGGCUGGGCUGGUGGAUGACCACUCAGGAUGCUGAAAUCUCCCUCAGCAAUUAGCUGAUGGCUCCCUGAAGAUACUUCACCAUGAGGUGGAACUCACUAAGAAAAAGACAAAGUUUUCAUUCUACAUUGGAGAUGAAUCCUAAAAUGCAACUGCUCCUGAGGGGACACACGACAACUCAGGCAACUUUAUAUCAAGAUGCAAAUGGCUCAUGUGGUAUGCCUGGUGCUGGCCAUCUUUGGGACACAAUCUCAUGGAUACGAGGUUUAUAACAUCAUCAGCCCAAACAAUAAUGGCGGCAAUCUUCAGGAGACAGUGACAGUUGACAAUGAAAAAAAUUUCGCCAUCAUUAACAUCCAUGCAGGAUCAUGCUCCUCUACCACGGUUUUUGACUAUAAACAUGGCUACAUCGCAUCCAGGGUGCUCUCCCGAAGAGCCUGCUACAUCCUGGACAUGAAACAUAAAGCCAUCCCUGCUCUGGACCAACUAAAACGAUACAUCUAUGAGAGGAAGGCUCUGAAAAACAUGUACUCGGACAAAUACAUCUGGGUCAAGUACAGCCCACUGCAGUCUCUGAUCACUCACAUAGACUGGUUCCUGUUCGGCUCCCCCAUCAAGCAGCUCUGCAGUCAUGUCCCCCUGUAUAAGGGAGAAGUGGUGGAAAAGACACAUGACAUCCGUGCGGAAGCCUGCACAAAGACCGGAGUCCUGGGUAUCCUUGGAAUCUCCAUCUGCGCCGUCACUGACGCUUAGGCACCGAGCCCACUGGCGUCAUCUUUUCAAAGACACAGCCCCUUGGUUUCCACUCAGCAGCCAAAUUAAGCUCUUUCCCAACACCCCAACUAAUGUUGAGACUCAGUAGUAAAACAUAAAUCCUAUAUUUCCAGA